GAAAACAGUUCUCAGUCGAGGAGCAGUGGAGAGCCUGGCAACUGCAAAGCUCAGUAAACACAGACAUUCGUAACAUGGGUCGAAAUGAUUCUGUAGCAUGUAAAAGCAGCAGGAGGGGAUGCUGAACUAACACUCAAAUGCAUUCUGAAUUACAGAGAAAUGGUCGCUGAGGAGAGGGGAGCUGGGCCACAAACUGAGCAUUCAUUCAGAGGAACAUUAUCAACUCCACAAUGAAUGAUUUUGUCCUGUCAUUGCUGAGUCGUGGGUAUGGGCAAAUUGUGCCAAAUGAAGACGGUCAUGACGGAAGACUGGAGGUCUGUUUUGAACCACAGGAUUACUUCAACUGGAAAUCCCAGCCUCCACUGCUGCGUCUUACCAGCAGUGGCCGUAUUUUUGGAGGCCUGGAGCCUGCGCCUCCGAAAACCUACAGUACGAGGAGAGGGCCUCUUAUUCUGUAUUCAGAGGACCUUGCACUGGCAUACCGAUCUUGCCAGGUUAACAGGAAGAGAAAGGCUCUGAGCUGCCCGAAACAGGAAGCUGAGAAACAGCUGCACACACUGCAAGACCUGACUGGAGCUAUUUUGGCUUUUGGCAAAAGGAAGGUUGGAUCUCUUGCCGGUGUAACACACCCCUUGUUGCCAGAUAAACAUGUUACACAGAACAUCAGCAUGCAUCACAGACCUGGAGAGAAAAACUAUCAUUCAAGCCAGGUUAAAGGAGAAAACACUAAUCAGAUCAGAUACCAGCCACGUUUCCUCUGUUCCCCUCGGCCCAACAGGGCAGACCUGGGACCUCUACCACCCAUAUCGGAUGGUUUGGUACAUGUACAACUCCAGGAGAAAGCUCAGGCAGCAUCAGAUGAACAAAUGACCUUUAAGCCCAAAGAACAGAAAGACCAGAAACCGAAAGAGAGAAAAAGACAAGUAAAGAGUCUCAGGAUAGCGACUGACACAUGCAGAGCUCACAUGAGUCCGAUUCCUGAGACAGAACCAGCACAUCAGACUGAAGAUCAAACAGUGACUCCAGCAACCAGAAAAAACACCUCUACAAUACUCCCACAUCUGAUCCACCAUCCCCAGGAUCUAAGCGGCCGUGGGAAGCGCAGCCGGAUGGAGAGUGGAGGUGGUGUUGGAGAGAUGUGUGCUCUGAGGUCAGUGUACGUGGAUUCGUCUUUGGAGUGCAGCCCACUCUCACGGGUCAACUACUACGGUGGACACAUGGAGGGAUCCCGCCAGAUGAGACACUGCGGAGGUGAAACUCACAUGAGGAGAGUGAAUAUAGAAACAGAUCCCAGCUUCACCGUUUUCCACUUACCACCCAUUAACCAGAGUUCACUGGUCAACUCAAGCUCUGACAUCACUUUACCAAUGAAUCAAACAGAAAUAAAAGAGAAAAAAAGCAGCUGUGAGAAUUUACCAAAAAGGGACCUACACAUACAUCUCCCUGACAUCAAAGUGGGAACUGCACAUGAAAACCCCUCGGAGAGACGUAUGCACAGCCAAGUGGUGCUGCUUUUCCCUGCACAAACAGAACAAACAGACACCCAUCAGCCAGAUGAUGAACUCCGCAGAACCCCUGUAAAGGAGACUGAGCCAUGUGGUGAUUUGGAGCAUGCAGUGGGGAUAGACCAAAGAAAACAGGACCCUCUCUCUGACGGCAAGUGCAGGAUUACAGAGAUGGACCUUGGACAUGUCAUGUGGUCUGAUGAUCUAGAAAAAGGAGAUCAACAUCCCCCUCUUGGUCCACUGCCCCCCCUGGUGGGCCGGAGGGGUCCAGGUAAACAGAGCUCUAUGGCGGUGUACAGACAGAACCUACAUGACCCUGAAGAAACAACAGAAACACAAACAGGAAUCACUAGAGGUUGUCUCCCUCUGGAGCUCAGAGAAUGGCAGGGAGGCCAAGCGGUGGGCACCCUAAUAAUGGGUCCUGAUGGUGAAAUCAUACGCUUGUCUCUCUGGGAUCCCGCAGUUGACACUGAGGACCACCCAAUAAUGGGUGAUGUCACACAAGGUCACGUUCUUAAGGUUGUGACUUCUGAGGGAGAUCUGAAACAGCCUUGGACAGCCUUUACACAGGACCACGACACAGAUGAAGAGGAAGACACCACAAGUAAUACAGAAGAAACUACUUCAAACACAGAACGGCUUGACUCUAGUCAUGAGAAGUUUAAGGUCAAUAAAACUGCAGAGAAAAUGAAUGGCAAGAAGAGGCAGCAUCCAUUAGGUUCCCACAAUAAAAAAGUUCAGAAGAGGGAGGUGUUUAAGAUCAGCUCUCAUGAAGAAACAAAUGUAGAGGAAGAGGAGGAACAGUUGGAUGAUGAGGAAGAGGAAGAAGAAGAGGAGGAGGAGGAGGAGGAGGAGGAAGAAGAGGAAGAACAGGAGGAGGUGGAUGAGGAAGAGGAGGAUGAGGAUGAGAACGAGGAAAAUGGCUCUGACAAUAAACCUGUUAAUAAUGCACAGGUGUUAAGGGUGAAAGCUCAUGCACAAAAGAACAACGCAGAGGACGAUUUCAGCUCUGACUGUCAGAUAAUACAGAAAGAAAGAGCGAUUCAGCUCAGAUCACAUGCAGAGCAGACUAAAGCAAAGGGGAAGAAAAUUCAUUUAGGUGCUGACAAUCAAAUGAUCCAGGACGAACAGGUUUAUAAGGUCAGAUCUCGUGCAAAGCAGACUAAUGCCAAGAAGGAUGAUUGUUUAGGCGCUGACAGUGAAAUCAUCCAGGAGGAAAAGGUGUUUAAGGUCAGAUCGCGUGCAAAGCAGACUAAAGCCAAGAGGAAGGAGGAUUGCUUCGGCUCUGACAGUGAAAUAAUUCAGGAUGAACAGAUCUAUUUACCUGAGGAGAGAUUAGAGGAAAUGAGCAGCUCCACGACUCACCAGCUCAACAAAACCGGAGAGGAGGCCACUGGGGUGAAAAGAAACCGAAAAGUAAAGGCGACAUCUUUACAGCCGGAAACAAAGGUGACACGGGGGUCAAGGAAGUCCAAAGGUGCUGCGCCUGCUAUCAGCCCUAAAUCAACACAUUUCUCUCCCAGAGCACAUUCACCGGAGUCUUUGUCUCCUGAAGGACAGGCAGAAAUCCCGACAGGAUUACCAACGGAGGCAGAAAAAGGUCAUUCUGAUAACACAGUUGGAAGAGAAUACGCAGAACAUAUGCUGGUGGAGGAAGUGAAGAAAAAUAAAAAGUCUAAUAAGCACACAAGCAAGCAGAGUGUUCAAAUUCAUGAAGACAUUGAGACCCGGAAUACCAGUGUUCCUGAUGAUCCCAAUCCUACUUCAAAGAAAAAGAAAAAGAAAACAGGAAAACAGAAAAAAGAAGAGACUAAAGAAGAAAAGGAAGAGCCUACAAAAAAAGCCCAGAAUUUGACAGUUAAAGUUAAAAAGAAAAAGGGUCAACCAGCAUUUGUUGUAGGAAAGCCUCGGCCACAGGAUGUUGAACCGAUGGCAUAUCCAGUGGAUGAGCCUGAGAGACUGAUGCCCCAUGAGAGAGAGGUGACGACUCACGACUCAGAGGAUGAACUAGAAAACACUGAGAACACACCAGAACAAACCUACACUGACUCUGAAGAUGACAGAGACGCUGAUACAGACCCAGAGAGUACAGACACACAUGAAGCACACAAAGUCUCUCCCAGAUCAGUUUACAGCACUCACAGAUCACAGCACUCACUCAUUACAGCUCGUUCAGAUGCCAGCAUUCACAGACUCUCACAGAGCUCCAUCAGAACCCCCUCAAUGGGCAUGGCGUCCCACUGCGGCCCAUGCAGCCCAGCACCCCUGUCUCUCAUCUGCCUGCCUCCUCAGUCAGCAACACCUCCUGCCUCAGACCUUACUGAAUCUGAGCCAGACAAUCAUGUUAAAAGCAACGAGGUUCCAACUAACCAAACCGACAAAAAAGCUGCAGCACUGGCUGAAAAGGCAGAGCACCGUCGUCUGGAGGUGGAGAAGAAACGGAAGGAGAGAGAGGAGGAAAAGAAGAGACAGCAAGAAAAGGAGGUGACAGAAGAGAGGAUGAGGCUGGAACUGGAAGAAGAACAAAGGAAAAGAGCAGAGGAAGCGAGGUUACAGAAGAUCAGAGAAGAAGAUGAGAGACAAAGAAGACAGGAGGAAGAGAUGGAGAGACAGAGGAGAGAGCGGGCAGAGAAGGACAGAGAAAGAAGACGACAGGAGGAGAAGAGGAGGCUGCAGGAACGGCUCCAGAGAGAAAGACAGGAAGAGGAGAAACGGCAGGCUGCUCAGCUGGAACGUCGGCGUUUGGAAGAGGAAGCUCGGAAGGAGGAGGAGCUCAGGAAGCUGUCAGAGAUGGAGGAGGCUGAGAGACUGGAGUACCUGCGUAGACAGCAGGAGGAGGAGGAGGAGAGGAGGAAAGCUGCUGAGGAGAGGAGGAGGAGGGAGGAGGAAGCAGCGAUGCAUGCUGAAGAACAGGCCAGACUGCAGGCUGAACUGUUUGUCAGGCAGAGGGCAGCACUGGAGCAGCACUUAAAGUUUCAGAGGGGUCUUUUUGUGGAGGCUGAAGGCCUGGAGCAGACACAGGAUAUAUCUCGGCCCUGGAUUUUCUCUUAUUUCGCCCUGUUGAAGCUGCUUGGCUUGGAUGACGCUGCAUCUGAGGACACACUCAAAGAUGUGCUGUAAUUCCUUCAUUUGAUUUCAUGCAGGAAAUUCUCACACCCAGCGCUUACAACUAGUAUUUUGAGUUAUGUGUAAUUUUCUAAGUAGGUGAACAAUCUGUGUCACGUGUGAAUCAGUUAAAAUGCUGGAUCGCUAACAUAUUCUCAGAUGUCUAACUCUGUCAUGUCAACAUAUCAGCACUUUUGAAUUCUAGACCUGAAAAAGUAAUGUAAAAUAAUAAAAUAUUAAAACACCAUGGGCAUUUUCAUAAAGAAUAUAUAUUUUUCUACAUAUGUCAAGCGCUAAAACUCAUUCAAAUGUUGUGGACAAUGAAUGAGUGGGAGACAA